UGUUUCUGCAGUGAAUCGAGAAUUUGCGCGCCAGCCGUGGAUGUUUAAUAUGCUAGUAUGGGUCCGCUAGCGUUCAUCCUUGUUGGUGGAUUACUGUAUUUUCAAGUUGAUGGAUCCCGUCUGCGCCAGGAGGACUCCCCACCCCGGAUUGUGGAGCACCCCUCUGACCUGAUUGUAUCCAAAGGGGAGCCCGCCACUCUCAACUGUAAAGCAGAGGGGCGGCCAACUCCAACAGUGGAGUGGUACAAGGAUGGAGAGCGAGUGGAAACGGACAAAGAUGACACACGUUCUCAUCGCAUGCUGCUGCCCAGUGGCUCGCUUUUCUUCUUACGCAUCGUUCAUGGACGACGGAGCAAACCGGAUGAGGGAGCCUAUGUUUGCGUGGCCCGCAACUACCUGGGAGAAGCUGUCAGCCGCAACGCAUCUUUGGAAGUAGCAUUGCUGCGAGAUGACUUCAGACAAAAUCCUGCAGAUGUGGUGGUGGCAGCAGGAGAGCCAGCAAUUCUUGAGUGUCUUCCUCCCAGAGGCCAUCCUGAACCCACCAUCUAUUGGAAGAAAGAUAAAGUGCGAAUUGAGGACAAAGAUGACAGGAUCACUUUUCGAGGUGGGAAGCUAAUGAUCUCCAACACAAGAAAGAGUGAUGCUGGCAUGUACAUCUGUGUGGGUACCAACAUGGUCGGAGAAAGGGACAGCGAGACAGCACAAGUCACUGUGUUUGAGCGACCAACCUUCCUCCGGAGGCCGAUAAACCAGGUUGUCCUGGAAGAGGAGACGGUGGAGUUUCGCUGUCAGGUACAAGGAGACCCCCAACCUAAUGUGCGCUGGAAGAAAGAUGACGCUGAUAUUCCUCGUGGAAGGUAUGAGAUCAAGUAUGACAAAGACGACUACGUGCUGAGAGUGAAGAAGGCGUCCAUUAACGACGAGGGCACAUUCACCUGUGUGGCAGAAAACCGUGUGGGCAAGCUGGAGGCUACUGCCACUCUCACAGUCAGAGAUCGCAAUGUCGCUGCCCCCCAGUUUGUCAUCCGUCCAAGGGACCAAAUUGUGGCUCAGGGUCGCACUGCCACCUUCCCGUGUGAAACUAAAGGAAACCCUCAGCCUGCUGUCUUCUGGCAGAAAGAGGGAAGUCAGAAUUUGCUGUUUCCCAACCAACCCCAGCAGCCCAACAGUCGCUUCUCAGUAUCGCCCAGCGGAGACCUCACCAUCUCAUCUGUGCAGCGGGCAGAUGCUGGUUACUAUAUCUGCCAAGCCCUGACCGUUGCAGGCAGUAUUCUCGCCAAGGCUCAACUGGAGGUCACAGAUGUGUUCACAGACAGACCACCACCCAUCAUUCGCCAAGGCCCAUCCAACCAGACAUUAGGGGUGGACAGUGUGGCGUUGUUGAAGUGCCAAGCAUCAGGAGACCCAAUCCCCUCCAUCAGCUGGCUGAAGGAUGGGGUCAGUCUGCUGGGAAAGGACCCUCGUAUGUCCCUGCAGGAGCUGGGAAGCCUCCAGAUCAAAAACGUCAAGCUUUCAGACUCUGGGAUAUACACAUGUGUGGCUACCAGUUCUAGUGGUGAAACAUCAUGGAGUGCUUUCUUGGAAGUCAAAGAAGCUGGGGGAGUGAUAGUCACAAAAAACCAUGAUGAGAAUGAGCUUCCAGGACCACCGUCUAAGCCUCAGGUCACGGAUGUCACCAAGAACAGUGUGUCUUUGUCCUGGCAGUCCGGGAUGGUUGGAGCAUCACCUGUCUCUUCAUUUGUCAUUGAAGCAUUCAGCCAAUCAGUGAGCAACAGCUGGCAAACAGUAGCAGAUCAUGUGAAAACCACCCAGUUUACUGUUAAAGGUCUCCGUCCCAACACCAUCUACCUGUUCAUGGUCCGAGCUGUCAACAGCCAGGGCCUGAGUGAUCCAAGUCCCAUGUCUGAACCAGUCAGAACACAAGACAUAAGUCCGCCAGCUCAGGGUGUUGACCACAGGCAUGUACAGAAGGAGCUUGGUGAAGUCAUAGUUCGGUUACACAACCCAGUUGUCCAGAGUCCCACAACCAUCCAGGUCACAUGGACAGUGGAUCGUCAGUCCCAGUUCAUCCAGGGUUACAGAGUUCUGUACAGGCAGACUUCAGGAUUGCCCUCUCCAGGACACUGGCAGUCCCAAGAUGUCAAGGUCCCUUCUGAGCGCGGCAUUGUCCUUGCCGCUCUUAAGAAGGGUAUUGUGUAUGAGAUCAAGGUCCGGCCUUAUUUCAAUGAGUUUCAGGGCAUGGACAGUGAAUCCAGGACGGCACGGACUACUGAGGAAGCCCCAAGUGCCCCUCCUCAGCAGGUAACAGUCCUGACUGUGGGAAACCAGAACAGCACUUCCAUUAGCAUCUCCUGGGAUCCCCCUCCACCAGACCACCAGAAUGGCAUCAUCCAAGAGUACAAGAUCUGGUGUCUAGGGAAUGAGACACGUUUCCAUGUAAAUAAGACAGUGGAUGCAGCUAUACGCUCAGUGGUGGUGGGUGGGCUGCAGGUGGGAGUGGUGUACCGGGUGGAAGUGGCUGCCAGCACUAGCGCAGGAGUCGGAGUCAAGAGCGAACCCCAGUCUAUUAUCAUUGGUAAGGAAUUUCGGGAUGUGAUUAUACAUGGAAACCGGAAUAACAGCAUCACAGAACAGAUCACUGAUGUGGUGAAACAGCCUGCUUUUAUUGCUGGUAUUGGAGGCGCCUGUUGGGUCAUCCUCAUGGGCUUCAGCAUCUGGCUCUACUGGAGGAGAAAGAAGAGAAAGGGCCUGAGCAACUACGCAGUUCAGUCCUUCACCUUCACCCCUGCAGUGACAUUCCAGAGAGUCGAUGGUGGCCUGAUGAGCAAUGGAAGCCGACCAGGCCUACUGAAUGCCAGUGACCCAGGCUACCCCUGGUUAGCGGACUCCUGGCCAGCAACCAGCCUGCCUGUCAACAGCAGCUCCGGGGGACCCAAUGACCUGAGUAACUUUGGCCGAGGAGAUCUCCCCAGUGGGCAAGGGGAUAAGACAGGCACCAUGCUCUCUGAUGGAGCCAUCUACAGUAGCAUCGAUUUCACCACCAAAGCCAACUAUAACAGCCCAGGCCAAACAUCCCAGGCCACUCCUUAUGCCACCACCCAGAUUCUCCACUCCAGCAGCAUCCAUGAGCUGGCUGUGGACCUACCUGAGGCCCAGUGGAAGGCCUCACUCCAGGCAAAGCAGGAGAUGGCUAACUUGGGCUACUCCCUGCCUGACAAGAACUCCUGCAACAACACCCUCCUUUUCAUUCCUGACUACCGAUUGGCCGAAGGAUUGUCAAAUAGAAUACCACACAACCAAUCACAAGAUUUCAGCACCACCAGCUCUCACAACAGCUCAGAGCGAAGCGGCAGUCUCUCAGGUGGAAAAGGAGGAAAGAAGAAGAAGACCAAGGGAAGCUCCAAACCCACUAAAGCCAAUGGCUCCAACUGGGCCAAUGUUCCCUUGCCCCCUCCUCCAGUUCACCCUCUCCCUGGCACAGAGAUGGACCAUUAUCCCAAUGAGCACCAUGAAGGAGGAGGGUAUGAGAGUGAUGGCUGGGGCCCACCCAUGCCCGUGCAGACCUAUCUACACCAGGGCAUGGAGGAUGAGCUGGAGGAAGAAGAGGAAAGGGUUCCGACCCCACCCAUCCGGGGGGUUGCCUCUUCCCCAGCUGCCGUGUCUUUUGGACAGCAGUCCACAGCCACCCUUACCCCUUCUCCUCGGGACGAGAUGCAACCCAUGCUCCAGGCACAUUUGGAUGAGAUAACUAGAGCAUACCAACUGGACAUGGCAAAACAGACAUGGCACAUGCAGGGGGGCUCUCUUCCUCCCCAGGCUCCGGCUCCUCCAGUGGGCUACGUGUCGAGCACAAUGGUUUCUGACCUGGAGACUGACCUGCCUGAUGAGGAUGAGGAGGAGGAGGAUGAGGAGGAGGAUGAAGGCUAUGGAGCCAGACAUCCCCGUGGUAUUGAGCACACGCCAGGGUCUAGCAUGGACAACCUGGACAGCUCUUUAACAGGGUCCAUGGUGAAUGGGUGGGGCUCAGCCUCGGAGGAUGAGCGUAAUUUCUCCAGCCAUAGGUCCAGUUUGGGCAGUUCAUCAGAUGGCUCCAUCUUUACCCACUGCAGCUUUGCCCAGGCCCUGGUGGCUGCUGCAGACAAGGCAGGCUACCGCCUGGAGGGCACUAGCCUCAGCAAAAGAGGUAAAGGCUUGUCCCACAGGCCCCGGCCCAGCAGUCCAUUCUCAACAGAUGGCAGCACAGUCGGCACGCACAGCUUGGGCCACCAGAGGGCCACCAGGCCCACACGGAAACCCCGCAGCCAGGGCACAGCACCCCACCGAAGAGAUGCUGGUGCAGACGACCUACCUCCUCCCCCUGAGCCUCCUCCCUGUCAGGGGCAGGGCCGUAUCCAAGGGGCCCGCAGUAUAAGCAGCAUGGCACCCCCAACAGAGAGGAAGGCUUCAUCUCUGGAGCGCCCGUCUAUGUCUGGGCAGGACGACAUGAAGAGCUCCAUUGACAGACAGACACGCACUUCACUGGAACAUCAUCGCCAGGCUCAAGACAGGCUGGGCUCCAUGGACCGAGCUGAUGAUGGGCGCAGAGGGCACAAAACUGAGGAAGGGUGCCUGCCAUACAGUAAACCAUCCUUCCCCUCACCCGGUGGCCACAGCUCCUCUGGGACAGCCUCCUCCAAGGGCUCGACAGGGCCACGCAAGACCGAAGGUCCACGACAACCACAACAGUGGACCGCCAUAGAGCACGCUGAUUUCCUGGGGACCAAUGGACAAGGACAGUACUCGGGAGAAUUAUAGUAAUCUGCCUGGGACGUGAACUGGAGAAAACCUGGCCUGUCCUCGAAAGAGUGACGCCCUCCUAUUGAGGGCAAUGAACUUUGUCCUUACCUGUGUGUUCUCAGAGGAAAAGAGUGCAGCAGAGGACACUACAGAGAAAAGCUGUGUCACAGAACUGUAAAUGUGAUGUAUAGACACAGACAUACUGUACAUCUCACUAUGUUUUCGUCCUCAAGAAAAUAUUUUCCACCUCCUACCUUACUGUAACUUUCUUUUUGUUAGAAAA